AUGAGGAUUUGCUUUUCCUUAUUACAAUCGAAAUGUUUCGUACUCAGAGCUUAUUCACCACCAGAAAGUUCAUUACCAAAACCGCAGUCCUCGUACAACCACAUUCCCAGCGCCUCGAAACCCCGGGGAAAAUCACAACCCCAACCCCGAUCACGGCCCGACCCGGACUCACAAGGGACCUCCUACUUGAUAAGAUACAUCAUCAUCAGUCAAACCACCAAAACCAUCCAUCCACCUUUCCAUUAACAAAACAACAUACCACCUAACAACACAACCCACCCCCUCUCUCACAACAAAACCGCAACCCCAACCCAGCCACAAAAAUGGCAACAACCACCGCCCAACGACGUCUCUUCCAAGAAUACCGCCUCCUCUCCAACAACCCACCGGAAGGUAUAACCGCCGGCCCCGUCUCCGAAGACGACCUCCUGUACUGGGAAGCGCUGAUCCAAGGCCCGGAAGGGACACCCUUCGAAGGCGGCGUGUUCCCCGCAGAGCUGAAGUUUCCAAAGGAUUACCCGCUUGCGCCGCCGAGUAUGCGGUUUUUGGGGGAGGUGUGGCAUCCUAAUGGUAUGUUUCUACCCCUCAUCCCUCAUUGCUUAUCGAACCAGCUCUGGGUUAGGGCGAGAGUUUGAAGAAUAGGUUGAUGUAUAGAUAAAGAAAAAAGGCUGAUGAAACAAAAUAGUCUACCCCAGCGGUCUCGUCUGCAUCUCGAUCCUCCACCCCCCCGGCGACGACCCAAACCACUACGAGCACGCCUCGGAGCGGUGGUCCCCCAUCCAAAGCGUCGAGAAGAUCCUCAUCAGCGUGAUGAGCAUGCUCGCCGAGCCGAACGACGAGAGUCCCGCGAAUGUGGAGGCGGCGAAGAUGUGGAGGGAGAGGAGACCCGAGUAUGAGGCGAAGGUGAGGGAGAGCUGUCGGAGGAUGCUUGGGCUUUAGGUGGGUGGUGUGAGGUAUAUAGGGAGAUGGAGGAAGGAGGAGGUGGAGUUGGGGAUAUGUGUUUUGGCGUUGCAUUGUUUGGUGCAUGGCGUUUUUUGGGGGGGAAUGAGGGAUUGAUUGAUUGAUUGAGUGGCUUAUGCGGAGCUGAUGAAGAGCUAUCGUGCAUGCGGAAUGCGUGUAUCGGAUGUCUGAUCUACGGAUUAGACGUCUGAUAUGCAUAUUAGAUGUCGAAUUCUACGAGCGUAUCUAAGCGAGUUUUCAUCAAACUGAACUGUAUUCAUAGCAUAUUUUUUGAUUUGUUAGACUAACCUCAGCGCUCGUAUCGCGAUAGCUUCUUAUGUCUCGUAUACGGUGGCUCAAUGGAUUAGACUCGGGACUUGAGUGGGGAGUAGAUGAUGGGACAGAGAUGGUAGAUAUGUAAUUUUUGCUUCUUAUGAACAAUGUUAAAUAACUUAGCUUUGCGGUUUCGUGGAAUGGUUGGGAGUGG